AUGCAGGCGACCGUCCAGACCAGCGCGCUGCGCUUCGCGCCUACCACGGCUCGCCCCCAGGUGGCCCGGGCGGGCGUCCCGCGCGUGGCGGUGCCGGUCGCGCGCCCGCAGGCCCCGGCGUUCCACUCCGCAGUCGACCGCCUCGCGACCAGCCAGCGCCGCGUCGUCGCCGCCCGCGCCGCUGCCGCCGAGGAGAACAACGACGCCCUCGAGGGCGCGUUCGUCAAGCUCUUCGGCCCCAAGGUCGGCCCCGUCCUCGUCACGGGCGCCUUCAUCGCCUUUUGGUAUGCGCUCAACGUGGCCUUCAACCUCCAGAACAAGUCGAUCUACAAGUUCUUCCCCUUCCCCUGGACGGUGUCGGCCGUGCACGUCGUCGUCGGCGCGAUCUACUGCGGCGCGAUGUACCUGGUCGGCCUCAAGAAGGCCUCGUUCGGGCGCCCCAUCGACGGCGACGAGUUCAAGGCCAUCGUCGGGCCCGCGACGAUGCACGCGCUCGGGCACAUCGCCGCGAACAUCUCCUUCGCGGCCGUCGCGAUCUCGCUCUCGCACACCGUCAAGACGCUCGAGCCGGCCUUCUCCGUGGUCCUCCAGUCCAUCUUCCUAGGGCAGCCCACGCCGCUGCCCGUGAUCAUGUCGCUCGUGCCCAUCAUCGGCGGCGUGGCCAUGGCCUCCGCGGCCGAGCUGUCCUUCAACUGGACCGGCUUCAUCUCGGCCAUGCUCUCCAACCUGACGUUUGGCUUCCGCGCCGUGCUGUCGAAGAAGGCCAUGAACACCAUCAAGAACCUCGACUCCACGGCCAUCUACGCGUACACCACGCUCAUCUCGUGCUUCGUCUGCGUCCCCGCCGCGCUCGUCUUCGAGGGGCCCAAGCUCGCCGCCGGGAUGGAGCAGGCCAUCGCCACCGUCGGGGCCACGAAGUUCUACACCUCGCUGGCCGCCGUCGGGCUGCUCUACCACCUGUACAACCAGUUCGCCUUCAACACCCUCGGCCGCGUCAACCCGGUGUCGCACGGCGUCUGCAACGUCGUCAAGCGCGUGGUCAUCAUCUACUCCUCCGUGCUCUUCUUCGGCAACGUCCUCACGCCCAAGACGCAGAUGGGCACCACCAUCGCGCUCGCCGGCACCGCGCUCUACACCUACCUCUCCGGGAAGUACAAGCACAAGCCUGCGCCGAAGGCGGAGGGCGGCGCCGCCCCGGCCUCGGGCUAG